AUGGCAACAACCGCAACGAAUCACCCAAACCCGCCCAAGCGUUCCGACUCCGAUGUCUCCCCCAGAACAGUGAACCCUCCCAAGAACUCAGCUUCAGAAGACGCAAAGGCCGAUUACUUCCCAGAUUCCAACACAGUCGAUGGAUCCAAUACUAGUGUCCGGGCCAGCGAUGGUGACGAUUCAUCUGCUCGGAAGUCAAGCAUCUCAUUCGCACCAGAUCCUCGACGUAGCUCAAGCUGUGAAAGCAACCAAAAUGCAGCGUCAGCGCCAGGCCAGGACUCGUCGAUCCAAAGAAAAUCGUCCACCGGCUCUGUCUCUUUUCGUAGAAUGACAAACCCUCAACUUCCCCAAGGAAAUCCUCAACAGAUGAGCAACAGUCGCAUUCGUGCGAGCUCACCGGACCACUCAAGGUUUAAGAAGCAUGUCGCAUUUGACAAUGUUACAACCGGCGAACCGACUAAGAACAAUGCUAUCUCAUUUACGCUCAAUGUUCGACACAAGGGUUACCAGGCUAGGCGUAGAUCGCGGUGUUUCAUGGUUGGUGUUGACGAGCAUACCUACUCCGAUUAUGCGUUGCAGUGGCUGCUUGACGAACUGGUCGAUGACGGCGACGACGUCGUUUGCGUGCGAGUAGUCGACAAAGAACUGCGACUUACGGACAAGCAGUACAGGGACGAUGCAGACUCGGUUAUGAAGGGAAUCGUUGCUCGGAAUGGUAAUAACAGAGCCAUCAACAUUGUCCUUGAAUAUGCUGUGGGCAAGUUACACACGACUUUUCAAGUCCUAAUCCAAAUGUACCAGCCUGCAAUGCUCAUUGUGGGAACUAGAGGACGCACCCUCGGUGGCCUUCAAGGCCUGGUUAACACCCGCAACUCGUUUUCCAAAUACUGUCUCCAAUAUUCACCAGUCCCAGUGGUUGUGGUUCGACCUACCGAGAAGCGCAUCAAAAAGAAGGCCAAACGUGCCAAUGACUCUGCCCGACAGACCUACGUGAGCAUGUUGGCUGCAAACGCCGGGAAACAUGAGGCCGAUAGUGAGGCAAGUAGCAUCUAUGAGCUCGAGGUCCAUAACUCGCCCGAUGAAGAAGCGCACCAAGUCGCACGUGCUUUAGGACUGCCUGCAUCUUUCGAUCCUACGAUCAAGCCCCUCAACCAUAGCCAGAUACCGAGUCGCAGGUCCCCCGACCCUACUGCUACUGCGGGUCCUGUCAAUGAGUCCUCGGAGAACCAGAGAGCUGCCAAAGACGAUGUCAGUGUCGCCGCUGAGAGUGAUGACGAUGACGAUGAUGACGAUGACUCUGGAGAGUUCGAAGUUAUGAGCGGGCAACAAGCUUUGGACAGGCAGAAGAUGGAUCAGCUUCAUAAGAUGGAGGUUGGUGAGGCAGCAGCGCUCAAGAUGAAGGUGGACGAGGAACUCGACGAAGAAGACGAUACCCCCUCAGGCCCGAAAGCCACAUCAUAG